UGAAGAGAUUUGAAUUUAUAGAGAAAAAUAUAAAAAAUUUCAAAAAGUGUCAAUCGUUAUUUAAUUAAAAUAUUUUAUUUGAAAAUUUAGUGGAAAUAAACUCCAAAAAAGGACCGAAAAUUGAGUUGAGAAAUAGAAAUAUUUAUCAAGAAGCAACAAGUGAAAUAUUUAACUAACAGAAUUUUAAAGAAGAAAUAAUUUUGUGAACGAAACAUUUAACGUUAUUGUUCACAUCCGGCAGCAAAAGCAGGAACAAAGAAGGAAAUUGAAAAUACAUAUUAGAAACCACAAAAGCACAAUUAACAACAACAACAACAAAAUGCAUUCAACAUUCGUGUCAUUACUAAAAGUUUUAUUGCUUACCCUUGUGGUGCUGAUGCUUGCGCAAAUAUCGACAGCCCGACCACAACCAUCAAUUGACAGCCAGGUAAGAAAGGAUUCGUCCGAUAGCGACACCACGUUGGAACUGCAGAAAAUCCUUCCGUUGAUAAAUCGCUUGAAUUUCCGCAACAACGAGGACUUGGCUUACUUCUUGAACAGCUAUGGCGGAGGUGCGCGCGACAAUGCCUUGAGCGGUGCUGGCGGCUGGGGCGAAGAACGACUUUUCCGUGGACCCGAAAUGAAACGUCAAAUUCGGUAUCGACAAUGCUACUUCAAUCCCAUUUCCUGCUUCCGAAAGUAAAUUAAUUAUUUUUUUCUGCACUGAGGUAUUUUUCGUCUAUUUUAUCAGUUCCGUACUUAAAAAGCUUUAAAAUUGACUUUUUUUAAUGUUACACGUUCACAACAAAAACAACAACAAAAAGAGCACAAUUCACACUUUGCACACUAAAAAAAAAUAAUAAGAAAAAAUAUUCAUGUUUAUGCAAAAAAUUAGUCCGUACAUUGUAAAAAUUUAUUAAAUUAUGACUAUAUCAAUACCUGGACGCAGGACAUGCAAAAGGAAUGAACGUGAUAAAAAAAAAGUCUGUUUAUUCCACGUCCGAGUCACGCUCGUCUAUUUGCCACUGAAUAUGUUAAAUUGUGUCCAUAUAAAAAAAAUUAUCUUCUACUAAAAAUUAAAAAAAAAAACAUUAAUAACAAAAAUGAGUCAAAUUUAAAUGUUUAUAUACAAAAAAAAAAAAAAUAUAAAACUAAUAAAAAUGAGCCUAUUUAAAUAUUAAACACUAAAAAAAUAUAUAAUUAAACAAAAAAUGGGAGAGAAAAGUAUUAAAAACUAAUAAAACAUAAGAAUUGCAUAUAAAACGCUGAAAAAAGUUCAACCAGCCUAUUCCCCGUAUUUAACUUCAGCGUAAAAUGUAUUUUUUUGUUAAUAAAAUUAUUAAAAUAUAUUUAUUAGAGGAAAAUAAACGCACUGAAAAUUGAUGUAAAUCAUUGUUGAUGGUCCCUAAAAGAACAUUUAAGAGGAUAUUUGAACAAGAUCAAAAUAUCGAAUA